AUGGCGGUCUUGGAACCGCGCCGGCAUAGGCCGAAGGUGGCACUGCAGCUAUCCUUCCUGGCCGCAGCUGUGGCCUGGUUCAGCUGGACGUCUGUGGAGGAUGCAGCCUUCGUUACCCCUGAGACUCCAUCCCUUGAUAGGCGGGGCCUGGAGGGGCGAGAGAUCUCCACAGUGGCCAUGCAGGGUGGCAACCGCAAGCAGAAUCGGCGAAACAAGCCCAAAAAGAUGCACCCAAAAACGCAGGAGGAACGCUACAAAAAGUGGGCCAUUCACCAUCCUGAGUAUGCCACCCGCCUUUUCUUUGUGCCAGAAGCGACCCUCGAAGAUUGGUCGCACACACUCAAACUGACCUUCCCGGACGGCGAGGACGAUGUCGUGUCAGAAGAAGAGGUGUUCGAGUAUUUCACAACAGAUGAGUACAAGCCAGAGGCAGUAAUUGUUGGCCAUCAGAUGCCCCACGAAGAAGUGAAGCAUGCGUACGUCCACUUCAGCGACAACACAGCUGCAAAGAAAGCCAGGAAGGAGAAGGAUGGCGGUGCCAUUGGCAAGGCAUCGGAAGUGAAACUUGUCUACACCGACGAGAAGAAGUGGAUCCGACUGCGGGACGGUGUGAGCCUGGCGGGUGGGUUCUGGGGCCCACGGUCGCGAUGGAUGAAGGCAUACGGCACUGACAAAUACAAAGGUUGGAAAGUAGAUGAGACGCCUCUACCUCCGGCGUUUCGUGCAGCCGCAGCACAUGUCUUUGAAGUGCAAGCGCAGAGGUCACUGACCUCCAUGGGGAGCUCUGGCUCAGUAUGCGCAGAGCUCCUGGAACAGAUGGGAUGGAAGGACCCGCCUCUUGCUGGAGACUUUCACCAUCCUGGGCUUGUGAACUAUCUGCAGAACACCUACCUGGAGGUUGUACUUCCUGUUCACGCUCCCCAGAACGACUACGGAUGUGACCAGAAAACCAAACAGUAUCCUCGGCCAAACUUCUGCUGGGAAGCGUACAAGAUGCACCUGGCCAUGAUUGGCCCCAGCUCGACGUGCAAGAAGCAAUUCCUGGAUUUCAUGCCGCGGAUAGCCCACAUCUUCAAGGGCACCGCAACCAAGCUGGCUCCUGGUCGAGAGGCGGUUCCAUACCACUUCCUGGACAGUGACUUGAACAGGGUGGUGCUUUGGGACCUGCCAGAGAUCAUGUUUAAGCAGAAGGCUGAGGAUUACGUCCGCGAGCUAGGUCUUCUGUACAUUGAUUGCGUCUUCAUGCUGUUCUCCGAGAAGUAUGUCCUGACGGACAUUUACUGCAAGCUUUGUGUUGCGAUGGCCUUGCACGGAAUCCCUUUCUUCGUCCUUUGCACACAAAGCGAAGAGGGCAUGGACGAAAAGGCGGUCCGAAGGCUUCAAAGCUCAUUUCAAGCACAGAGCGUCCAGGUUCGAAUGUUCAACCCAGCCAAACCGCACGAAACGCUGGAGCCACUGAUCAAUGAUUUCUUCAAAGAGGUGACCUGGAACAGAAGCAAAGGCGCUAACAGUGACAGAGUCAAGAAUGCAAGCGAAACUGUACUGGGCCAGACGGUGAGAAUCAAGAACUUGGAGAAGAAAGCAGAGCUGAAUACCAGGUGUGGAGUUUGUAUCGGCUACGAGAAGGAUCAAGAUCGAUACAUUGUGCGCCUGAUCAUGGGUGGCGUGGAGACCGAUGUGGCGCUGAGGGAUCAAAACUUCAGCGUUUUGAAGCCAAAGCUUCGUGGUUCCCUCGUGCAGCUGAAAGGGCUACAGUCAAAGCCCGAGCUGAACGGUCGCUACGGUUUUGUAGAUGAGUUCCUCCGUGAAAACGAACGUUACCGCAUUUUCGUACCAGAUAAACCUGGCGUUGCGUUGAACAUGGCCCUGAAAUCAGAGAACCUGGAAAAGGUGUCAGGAACACCUGGUGCCAAGCCAGUGACGGCGGCGCCGGUUUCAAGUGGUUCUUCGCCCCUGCCGGCGUCUGGCAAGCCUGCAUAUGCACCACCUGCACGCAAGCCUGCCCAGGUGCCUGCGGCCAGUGGUGCGGUCAAUGGUGCCACGAAUGGCGUCGGACACGGUGUGACAAACGGUGCUGCGAAUGGCGCCACAAAUGGUGCAGCAAAUGGCAGCGCCAAGCACAACGGAGCUCCUACCCCUCAGCCAAGGAAGGAAGCGAUGCCGGCUGCGAGUAAGGAGCCAGCACCGAAAGAGGACGAGGACCUCUCUGCAUUCUUGCCUAAGGUCGGAGCCACAGAAGAGGAAGGUGGAGAUGACUUGAUGUCACGUAUUUUCGCAGCCGAAAGCACAGCGGAUGUGACUCAGGCCUCAGCAAGAGUGGAGGAGAAGGAGAGAGAGCCUGCGGUAACUGCAGCGGUGCCUGUCAAGAGGCUGCAUCUCUCAAAGGCAGGUCUACUGGGGAUGCGGGUUUGGGCAGUCAUCGGUGAUUGUCCUGAUGCAGAAGACAUCAUCGAUCACUUGAUGGACUGCGGAAAGACUGUAUUCAAUGUUGGCGGUGGGGAAGGUGCACACUUUUCUUCAACCGCCGAACUCAACAUGGACCCCAACUUGCCGAAGACCGAGGUGCUGGCAUUCAUAGACCCCAAGGAUUCCAGCGCGGUUCUUGCCGCUUUGAACGAUGUCGUCAGGCUAGGCGUGCGUGGCCUGGCAUUACACCCCGACGAGUCAUCAUUUGGGUCGGAAGUCUUGGCGGAAUGCAGAAGCGCAGGCAUCGCGACUUAUGGUGUCGAUGUGCUUGAGGAUGUGCAACCUGGAACAGGUCUUCCAGUGGCACCUUUAGACUGA